CCCACUCACAAUCUCCAACAUGUUUUUCUCUCUUGUCCUAAAAUUCUCCAUAUAAUAAUAAUAUUCUUAAUCACUAUCAUUAUUUAAUAAUUUCUCCUUUGAAAGAAGAAGCAGCAGCUCUAAUGGCUCUUGAGGCUGUUGUUUUCCAACAAGAUCACAUCUUCGGCUACAACGGGAAAGAUCUCUCCAGCGCUUUCGUGGAAGAAGAGCCUCGGCUCUACGAUCUACAGGGCUCUCUCAGUUUUCUCGGGAACCAAACAGAAAAUUUCGACUGCACUUUUCCUCAAGACGAUUACUGUUGGAGCGUCCCCCAAGAUUCAACGGGAUUACUCGUCACCGAUUUCAAGAUUCCGAAUUCAUACUCGAGUAACUCCAGCGACUACCCGAAUUGUUACAACUCGAGUUGCAACGAACAGCAGCAGCAGCCGCAGCAACAACAGCAAGGAGAUAACGAUGCGAAUUCUUCGGGGUUGAACCGAGCGAAGAGACGCAGAUCGAAGACGAGGAAGAACAAGGAGGAGAUCGAGAAUCAACGUAUGACUCACAUUGCCGUGGAGCGUAACCGGAGAAAACAAAUGAACGAGUAUCUCUCUGUUCUCCGCUCUCUCAUGCCAGAGUCUUACGUUCAAAGGGGCGACCAAGCAUCCAUAGUAGGAGGAGCCAUAAACUUUGUGAGGGAGCUCGAACACCGUCUUCACCGCCUCAGCGUUCAUGGAGAUUCCAAGGAAAAACCCAUCUCAGGCGGCGGCUCCUCCUCCUCCUCCGCUGAUCCAUUCUCCGAUUUCUUCAAAUUUCCUCAGUUCUCCACGGGUUCUUGCAGCGGAGAAACCGGCGAAAACAACGCUGUUCUUGAGGCCAAUGCUUUGGCCGAUAUCGAAGUGAGCCUCAUAGAGAGCCAUGCCAGCCUGAAGAUUAGGACAAAGCGGAGACCGAAGCUCCUUCUCAACGUGGUUUCUGGUUUGCAGACCUUAGGGUUUAUCAUCCUUCACCUUAAUGUCUCUACUGCCGACGACUUUGUUCUCUACUGUUUCUCCACAAAGGUGGAAGAUGAUUGUAAGCUUACCUCGGUUGCUGACAUCGCUACAGCAGUGUACCAAAUGCUCUGUUUAAUUCAUCAACACGAGGUUGUUAAAUAAUAUAACCUAACCCGAAAUUGCACCUAACCGGACCAUAUCGGACCGGUUUACUUGGGUAAUCACCUGGUAUAACCUCUUGUUUUGUGAUCUCUAGAAAAUAAAAAUAAAAAAACAAAAACCCCGUUUGUUAGUUGUACUGCUUAUUUCUUCAUGCUGUAACCUCUCGACGUGUUCACCAUUGCGAUUUGAUUUUUA